AUGGCGCUCAACACCCGGGCCUGGGCCCUGCUGGAGGCAGUGAGGGAGAAGGCAGCUUGCCAAGAAACUCGAGAGAAGCAGCUGGCAACUGAGGCGUCUGAGCUGUGUGUGAGGCUCCAGAGCUCUGAGGAAAGAGCAGAGGCCAUUGCCUCACAGUGUAAGGCCAUGGAGCUGGAGCUGAGGAAGAGACAGGCUGAGAGAGACAAUCUCAGGGCUCGCAAUAAGGAGCUGCUGAAACAGCUGGAGCAAACAAUGUUGAGGGCAGAACACCUGAAAAUCUCUCUGGAAUGUUCCCAGAAGAAAGACACCAUUGCCCAAAAGGAAGAGGAUGUGAUUCUUCGUCACUCUCUGCAGAAGAAACUGGAAAACCUGGAGAAGGAAAGGAACCAUGUUCAGCAUGAACAGGAAUUGUACCAGCAGCACAUGAGAUAUCUGGAAAAGGAGAAUGAAAUGCAUGAAGCUGACAUGCAAAGUCAAAAGGAACAAAUGCAACAACUGGGCACUGAAAAGGAAACCAAGCUGGCGGAGUGGGAGCAUGGGGCUGCUGCUUUGCAGAAAUGGAGGGAGUAUGCUCAGAUACUGAGUGCUGCACUGAACAAGAGUGAAAUUGCCAAAGGGGCUCUGAAGAAACGCUUAGACAUCCUGAAAGGAAAGAUCCAGGCAGGCAGAGGCAUUGACUUUCAGUCCAUUCCAGUGCCCCUGAAUUAUUCCAGUGGUGUUUCCCAUGAAGAGGUUUCCCAGGAGGAGGAGUCAUCGAGCUGGUCUCUGGAGCACCUUAGCUGGGAAUCCUCUGACCAAGGGCACGCAGCAGCCCAGGCAUGCAGAGAGGAGGAGCUGCUGGGCCAGAAGGCUGAGCUUGAGGGCCGACUGGCAGCCACAGAGCGGCUCCAACAAGACCUUUCCAGGCAGCUGGCAGAGACCAGGUCAGCAAAGGAGAGCCUGGAAUCCAGGCUGUUUGCUGCUCAGCAGCAGAUAGCUCAGCUGGAGAUCUCCAGGAACCAUCUGGAGGCUCAGGUGCUCACAGUCACACAGGACAAAGAGGUGAUAGAAGGACAAGUGAAAUGCCUGCAAGGUGAGCUGGAAGCAGAGAGAGCUCUCAGGAAGCAGGAACAGGAAGACACAGCUCAAGAACUCCUGCAGGCACAGCAGCAGCAUCACAAAAGCCUCAGGCCUCAGGGAACAGCUCAGCAAGUGGAAAUAAAGAAGCUCCUGGAAGACCUGGCAAGUGAACGUGAAAGGCACCGUGCAGAGAUGCAGGAGAUGCUGGAGCAAUGGGAAAAAGAGAAGGCAGAGAGAAAGAGGGAGCACAAGGAGGUGCUGUUGGAGAUGAGACAGAAAGUAGCCACCCUGCUGGCCCAACAAGAAGAAUUAAUGAGAUUUGAAAAUGCCAAGCGAGAGGUCCUGCUGGAAGAGCAGAAGGAGAAGAGUGCUUUAUCAGAGGCACUGCUCCAAACUCAGGGAGAGCUCAGCCGAGCCCGCCAGCAGGUCCAGCAGCUCAGGCAGGAGGUGCAAGAGCAGCAAGAGAAGGGGCAGCUAAGUACCAUCAAGGCAAAUCUGCAAGCUGAGCUUCAGGAAGCUCGCAGUGAAGUCCAGGCAGCAGAGAGGAGGCACAAGGAAGAGCUGCAAGGCCUCAAAGAGGAAAUGAAUCUCGUCCUUGCCCAUAGAGAGGCUCUACAAAAGCAGGUGAGUGAAAGAGCAGUGGUGGCAGAGUUGACAUCUCAGCUGGCAGCCUGCCGAGAGUGCCAGGAAAAGACUGUGCAGAGAGCCCAGCAAGAUGUGAGGGAGGCCCAGCAAGAGUCCAGGCAGAAGCUCUCAGAGGUUGAGCAUGUCCAGAAGCUGCUGGAGGAGGCAGAACAUCAGAACAAGGAGCUGCAAGUGCAUCCUGAGUAUUUGGAGAGAAAAUGGAUCCAGUGGGAAGAAGUGGCACGGCAGAAUUCAGAAUUGCAGGCUUCCGUCAAUGCCCUAGAGAGGGAAAAAGCCAGGCUGAUUCUGACUGUGGAGGAAAAGAACCUGUGCCUCAGAACACUGGAAGAACAGAAUCUGGCGCUGAACAAUCUUGUGUCUAAGUGUCAAUCUGCUCUUCAGGAGACAGAGCAGCUCUCUUCUGAGCAUAGAAGAGAAUUGAUGGCGCUCAACACCCGGGCCUGGGCCCUGCUGGAGGCAGUGACGGAGAAGGCAGCUUGCCAAGAAACUCGAGAGAAGCAGCUGGCAACUGAGGAGUCUGAGCUGUGUGUGAGGCUCCAGAGCUCUGAGGAAAGAGCAGAGGCCAUUGCCUCACAGUGUCAGGCCAUGGAGCUGGAGCUGAGGAAGAGACAGGCUGAGAGAGACAAUCUCAGGGCUCGCAAUAAGGAGCUGCUGAAACAGCUGGAGCAAACAAUGUUGAGGGCAGAACACCUGAAAAUCUCUCUGGAAUGUUCCCAGAAGAAAGACACCAUUGCCCAAAAGGAAGAGGAUGUGAUUCUUCGUCACUCUCUGCAGAAGAAACUGGAAAACCUGGAGAAGGAAAGGAACGAUGUUCAGUUCUAA